AUGUCCAACAGCAGCUCCAUCAGCCACUUCCUCCUGCUGGCAUUGGCAGACACGCGGCAGCUUCAGCUCCUGCACUUCUGCCUCUUGCUGGGCAUCUCCCUGGCUGCCCUCCUGGGCAACGGCCUCAUCAUCAGCGCCGUAGCCUGCGGCCACCACCUGCACACGCCCAUGUUCUUCUUCCUGCUCAACCUGGCCCUCACUGACCUGGGCCUCAUCUAUACGAUUGUCCCCAAAGCCAUGCACAAUUCCCUCUGGCACACCAGCAACAUCUCCUACUCAGGGUGUGCUGCACAGGUAUUUUUCUUUGCCUUUUUCAUUGCAUCAGAAUUUGCAUUUCUCACCAUCAUGUGCUACGACCGCUACGUGUCCAUCUGCAAACCCCUGCACUACGGGACCCUCCUGGGCAGCAGAGCUUGUGCCCACAUGGCAGCAGCUGCAUGGGCCUGUGGCUUUCUCAAUGCUCUGCUGCACACGGCCAAUACAUUUUCCCUGCCCCUUUGCCAUGGCAAUGCCCUGGGCCAGUUCUUCUGUGAAGUCCCACACAUCCUCAAACUCUCCUGCGCACACUCCAGCUACAGGGAAGUUGGGCUUCUUGUGGUCACUUUCUGUUUAGGCUUUGGUUGUUUUGUGUUCAUUGUUUUCUCCUAUGUGCAGAUCUUCAGGGCUGUGCUGAGGAUCCCCUCUGAGCAGGGCCGGCACAAAGCCUUUUCCACCUGCCUCCCUCACCUGGCCGUGCUCUCCCUGUUCCUCAGCACUGACACGUUUGUCUACCUGAAGCCCUCUUCCAUCUCCUCCCCAUCCCUGGAUCUGGCCCUGUCAGUUCUGUACUCGGUGGUGCCUCCAGCCCUGAACCCCCUCAUCUACAGCCUGAGGAACCAGGAGCUCAAGGAAUCUCUCAGGAAAGCCAUGUCUGGAAACCCCUGGGAGGCCUCCAUGGAGGCCCUGUCUCUGCCUGUGACAUUCCAGCUCUUGAACAGCCUGGAGACUCUUGGAAAGUGA